AGAUAAGACUCAAUGUAGUCAGAGACCUCAAACAACCACUAGAGGACGUCUAGUCAAUAACUUAAACAGAAAGGAAAUAAACCCGGAACGUAAAAAAGAGCCCACUGACUACGUAAUUUCCUGCCCAGAGAUUUUUUACGUUCAUCAAAAUGGCAACGCCGAGUAGUGGCACGUCCAGGCGUUUAGUUCAGUAUGUUAUCGUCCGGUCAGACCUCAUACACACUUUAUCAUGGCCUUUAGGCGCCGUCAUAACUCAAGCCUGUCACGCGGCCACUGCAGCCAUUCAUUUACACUACAGUGACCCCGAUACUCAAGAAUACCUGGCAGAACUGGACCGCAUGCACAAAGUGGUACUGCAGGCACCGGACGAGGCUUCUCUCUCCACUCUUUCCAGUACUCUACAUGAAAAAGAUAUAGCGCAUAAACUAUGGAUGGAGCAGCCCGAAAAUAUCCCCACUUGCUUGGCUUUAAAACCCUACCCUAAAGAGACUGUGCAACCCUUUCUAAAAAAGUUCAAGCUUUUCAAAUGACAGGAGCCCUUCAUGGAUUGCACAUAACAGUGAAACACUGGUCUCUAGAUUGGCAUGUGGCAAUAAAGAUGAUAUGGAUGGUGAACAUGUACUUUUGUGUCUAGUGGAAUUUCAUAAUUUGAUUUGUGUAAUUAUGAAUUGAAUAGCCUCUUAACAAUUUUUUUUUUAGGGUUCAACUGCCUUUGAAUUGCACCAUACAUUUUUAUCAACAUUCAUUCUCUUGUUAUAUAUCAACUAUAAUAACAAGAAGUCUCUGUCUGUGGCAAAACAUGCUACUUGGUUCAAUUAGUACACCAGAAAAGCUACUGAAAUACCAAUACUUUAAUAUCUGUAAACAAACUGAAUGUUUUUCUCUUUUUCUUCUGCACAUUGAUCAUAUGGGUAAUACUGCAUCAAAAAUUUCUGACUGAAAGCAUCCCGAGUCUAUUAAAGAUAAACUGAUGAUUCUGUCCCAAAAGCACAAGGAGAACCUUUGAAGUUUCUGUCAGCUCAAACUUUUCUGGCCAUAUUCUGGCAUGACCUCUCUCAUCAAAAAGGCAUUUCCAUCCACAGAACUGUUGCUGAAUGGAUGUUAUUUUGUUUUUGGCACCAUUCUGAGUAAACACUAGAGACUGUUGUGUGUGUGAAAAUCCCAGGAGAUCAGACGUUACAGAAAUACUGAGACCAACCUGUCUGGCACCAACAAUCAUUCCACGGUUGAAAUCACUCAAUCACAUUUUGUCCCCAUUCUGAUGGUUGAUGUCAACAUUAACUGAAGCUCCAGGCUUCUGUAUUAUUCUUUUGCAUUGCUGCCACACGACAGGCUGAUUAUAUAAUUGGAUGUACAAGUAGUGUACAGGUGUUCCUAAUAAAAUCCUUAUGGAGUGUAUAUACAAUUUAGUCAAAUACUGAUAACACUGAAAAUAAAAAUU